UGACAAGUAGGGAGUAAAUAAAGCCUUAGCUAGUUAACCGAAGCAAUUUUUUUGUUCAAAAAAGUUUGCCAAUCACUCAUCAACAUGAGCCAAGUCGGGAACUCGGUGAAGGAACCGGAGGAGGACGGACCGUCCGUGGAAUCUGAAAACCUAGUUGAGCGAUUACUCGCCCGUCGUCUGCGUAUCGAGGAGAGGAAUCGCAAAGCGCUUGCUGACGAUUCCCAGGAGGAGAAACAGAUCAAAGAAACAAGAGAGAGUCAGAAGCAGGUGGAGGAGAGCGAGGAGCGAAUGACGAAGCUGCAGCGUGAUGGGACGGACCUGCUGACCAACAUUCAAGUCGCCGCUGAUUUUAGGGAGUCCCAGAGGCGGCUCGAGGAGGACGAGGCUACGAGGCAAAGAAUUGAGAAGCUGGAGAACGAGGCCAAGACGAGCCAGGAGAAGUUUGAGGAGAUCACGGCGAAGUGGACAGUGGCUCGGGCUCAGGAGAUCUCCCAGGACCUGCGGGACGCCCUGAUCAGCCAGCAGCAGCUGUGUGGCCUCCUCAUCGAGGACAAGAACAAGGUCAUCAACGACCUGCAAGAGGAGCUGAAAUCAUACGACAAUCUUUACGUGAAAGACCUGAAGAGACAAGGAGAGGACGUGGACCUCAUGAUCUACAGGAUGGAGGAACAGAUAAAGAUCUUGAUGAAGUCCUACAAGGAGGAAUAUGAGAAGAUUGAGAACUCCUUUGAGAAGGAGCGAUCGGACCUUCUCCACAAGACACGCAUGGAGUGGGACCAAAAGAUGAAGGACCGUCGUGAUAAGGAGGUGGAGUACCUGAUGCAGAGGAUGAAGAAGAUGGAGGAGAGUGAGAUGAUGCUGCAGAAGCUGAGGCUGGAUGACGCAGAGGAGUGCAACGCCAUCAAGACCAAGCUGGACGGCGAAGUGCAGCUCCUGCAGCAGCAGGUUCAGCAGAUGAAGGCCACGUACCACCUGAACCAGGAGAAGCUGGAGUACAACCUGCACGUGCUGAAGAAGCGCGAGGAGGAGAACAGCAUCACCAAGACCCAGCAGAAGAGGAAGAUCACCAGGCUCCAGGACACGCUGGCCAACCUGAAGGCGCGCUACUCCAAGCAGGAGAAGCAGGGCCGGGAGGAGAACCAGUCCAUCACCGUCGACAACAAGCGCAUCGUGCAGGAGAACAAGCACUGGGAGAAGAAGAUGAAUCACUUCUCGGCGGUGGGCGUGCGGAAGUUUGAGGAGAUCUGCCUGAUGAGCGAGGGGGAGACCGCGGGGCUGGUGCAGCAGGCCCUGGAGGUGGACCGGGUGCUGCACGAGCUGUACCUGGGUCUGCCCUGGGACCCGCCCUCCACCGCCUUCCUGGAGCGCAAGGGCCCCGUGGUCCCCCAGCUGCGCCCCUCCAGCCCGGCCCCCGGCCUGCUCUCGUCCUCAACCUCCGCCGAGGACGCGCAGCCUGACGGCGUCUCCGUGGCAGCGGUCAAGAGGAUUCUGGAGCUGCUGUGCGACGAGGCGGGUUUUCUGAUUGACAGUAAAGUUGUGAAACUCCUGGCUCCACUGGACAAGAAUGAGAAGAACCUCAUAAAGCUUGAUAUUAUCCUGUCGUCUGUCGGGAUGGAGAGAGAGGAGGACAUGUACAAGCUGGCUGAGUUCUUCAAGAAGUACGGACAGCAGCGGAAAGACCGGGAGGCUGCCCCGGAGGGAGAGGACGCGAUGGCAGGAUCCAGCCAGGAGGGGGAGUCAGGAGCCGCCAGCAGCCACGGCUGGGACCUCAUUCACCCCAACGACGUCCUGGGAGCACUGCGGGCGUUCACCGCAGAACACUGCAGGCCCAAGGAGACCAAGCAGCAGUCCCAUAUCCUGAGCCUGGCUGACAGGGACGGGUCGGAGGACGGGGCGUUCUGGGAAUCUGCGGCCAACAUCGUUCCUGAGGCCAAGCUGAAGCUCUGGGACACUCUGGACACGGCUCUGGAGAAGUACCAUGCUGUGCUGAAUGAGAGGGCUCAGCUCGUGGAGGACACACGGCACCUGAAGCACCAGAACGAGGAGAUGAGGCAGCUUCUGCAGAAACACUGCAACUCCAAGAUCAACAACGAAUUACCGAUCCCCCCAACGAAGAUGAUUCAGAUCUCACCCGAUUCAGAUCUUGCCUAUUAAAAAAAAGGUCCAAAAAAAAGGCUUGUGUGGUAAACUUGGGACUAUUUCAACUUUUUGAAUCUC